AUGUUCAGACCAGACCAGACCAGCCCGGUCCAGUCCAGCAUACUGCGGUAUCUCGAGCGUGAGAUUGUUCACACCAAAACCGAAUACCUACUGACAUUUGAGGGCGGCAGCCAGGUGCAACAGUACCACGCCAUAGUGAACGGCGACGGCAAGGCGCUGUGCAACGACGUGACUUCGGAAGAGGCGACUUGGCCAGGCCGGCGGGACGCUAAACCCGUCUGGACAAUGGUCGUGGAGGCAGAUUGGCGGGCAGGCGAGUUAGGGUGGAGGGCUGACUCCAAAAGCGACCCGCCAAGUGCGUAA